CCGCCGGCCGGGACACCAUGUCCUCCCGCGUGUCCUCCACACCUGCCGCCGCCGAGGACGCCACCGAGGACGCCGCCGAGGACGCCGCCGAACGCGCGCCCCUCAAGGACGACGACGACGACCGCGAGGACAAGGCGCACGCCCAGGACGCCGACGAUGAACUCAUUCCGCUGCCGGGCAAGGGCCCGGACAUCCUCCGCGUGGUGGACAGCCUGCUCUCGUUGCACGUGGUGGCCCCCCUGGUCAUCUCCACCUGGCGGGGGCUCUUCGAGAUGUUCCAGCUGUACCCGGGCAUCCCGGACUGGGCCCUAGCCGCGUUCGGCGCCGUGCUGCACUCGGGGCUGGCGCUCUCCAGGGACCUCUUCAUGACCACCUUCGACUGCAGGCGCUACCCGGAGCCCACCCGCAACUUCGUCAAGGUGCUGACGCGGUGCUACACGUACGUGUUCAUGGUGGCGUGCGUGACGCACUGGCGCGGGCUGUGGUUCCUGCUGGACCUGCUGGGCACCAGCCCGGCCGUGGUGGGCCUGGUGUGGGCCAUGUCCGCCGCCUCGCUGUUCGCGCUGCGCUCCUGGCGCAACACCAUGGCGCCGCCGCUGGUCGUCGCGCAGGACGGCCCGGACUACGUCUUCUCCUUCAGCUUCCGCUUCCGGUCCGACGUGCAGCAUCCACUGGAGAGGCACCUGCACCCCGACAAGCACCGCCUCAUGUACUACGUGCUUUCGCGCGUGUACACCGCCCUCUUCAGCUUCGGCUGCGUCAACUCGUUCCGCGGCGUCUGGAAGGCGCUGGACGAGCACACGGGGCUGAACCCCGCCACCGUGGCGGCGCUCACGGCCGUGCCCGUCGUGGCGCUGGGCUGCAUGCGCGCGCUCCGGAACAUCUCCGCGCCGCCCUUCGUCAUCGUGACCGACAACCACGAGAACUACUUCCAAGUGCCCACCAUGUUCCACACCAGCUCGCGGCAGACGCUGCUGUACAUCCUGGACUGCCUGUUCUCCGUGCUGGUGGUGCACACCCUGGUGGUGUUCGUGUGGCGCGGCGGCUGGUGCAUCUUCGACAUCUACCUGUUCCCGCGCCACUACGCCUGGUCCGCCUGGGGCUCGCUGACGCUCGGCUACUGCAUCACCAUCGUGGCGUUCAGCCUGCAGCCCUGCAUGAUGUCCGUGGUGCAGCGGAUGUCCGGGUGCUGCCGCGUGCUGGUCGUCGACAUGUACCACUUGUUCUCCUUCGUGGGCACGGUCAACGUGUGGCGGGGCGUCUGGAACCUGCUGAACCACUACUUGCUGCCAGGAAACCCCGUGGCGAGCUACUGGAUCAGCCACCUGCUGCCAUUCCUGCUCCUGGUGCUGCUCAACAGCGCCAACUCAAUCCUGGUCCGCGGCGUGUACAUCGACGCCGAGGAGGAGGGCGGUCAGUGCGUCGAGUUCCCCAUCUACUACCUGCGGCUCUUCUUCCAGAACCGACGCCGCAAGAAGCUGAUGCGGCAGCACGCCUUGGGGAAGCGGCCCCCCGGCUCGCACAAGACCACCCUGCUGGACAACAACCACCAGCAGAACCACUCGCCCAGCCCGCCGUCCUCGCGAAAGAGCUCCAAGGAACAGCCCCUGCAGCCCUGCCUGUCGCACGGGCUGAGCCACGGCAUGAGCCACCCCCACCACCACAACCUGCGCGUCCAGUUGCCCGCCCAGCUGCCCGCUUCGUACAAAGACAUUCCCGAGUCACCUGUCUGAAGGAUCUCUUACUCUUAGGGUAUUGUACGAAAGUCGAAAAUUUUAUCUCGGCCCAGCGUGAAAAAUCGACAUGUUUUCUGAGUGCCUAAAUUUUGCGGAAAGUCUAAACUUAUGGAGCAUUUUAAAAGCCGCUAUCCUCUCCGCGAAAAACUUUGACGCUUCAAAAUGUGUGCUGGAAAAUCUAUGAUCAGAUUUUACUCGCUAUGGAAUCAAUGUGGAAACAAAGGACUUAGGUUCCCGAAGCCUACUUUGUGCCUUGCCGUGAGCUCUCCUGUCCAAUGCUGCCAAUCCAAGCGUCGUCGGCUUGAUCACAUCUUCGCCCGGCCGCUGUGAGUGUAUGAACCUGUACAUAUGGUGUGAAUGAUUACGAUAAUAAGUUAUUCGUCUAAAUAUUGCUUGUAAUAAAGGAAAUGUGAGUCAACAUAAUAACCACUUACAAUGUGUGAAAUAAGUUAUAGGAAUAAACGCGUACUUGACUAGUUGCUAGAUGCGCAAGAAUGUUAGUGACAUUUUCCAAAGAGUAUUAAAUAGAACAGCUAUAACAACAAUCUCAGAUUGUUAUUCAUUGCUAAGUUUGUAUGUUAAUAUGCCUUGAAUUGAGCUAAAUUUUUUUCCCGAAAUGUGUGUCUAACGUCAUGUAAAAAAAGAGAAUUAAAUCCAAUCUGCAAUUCAAAAUGAAAUUGAGAAUUCUGUUUGCGUCACAUAGAAGUGACGGUAACUACCACUCAGUUUGCAACAGGCACAAGAAAACACUACAAGUUGCAAUAAAAAUA